UGACCAGUGUCCUUGCACAUCACUCAUCUUGGAACGACUCUUGAGCGUGCAUGUUGAAACCCUAGUACUGACGACCACGACAAUGACGCGAUAGUACCAGCGAGGCGGAAGAGGCGGAAGGAGAGGCGCCAUGAGUGUCACAUCGGCCGCGCCGGCCACGGGCAAGGGCGCAACCUACUUUGCCCAGCUCGACCAGGCAUUGUGCAAUGGCAACUGGUCGGAGAUUGCGGAGCUGGCAAGGAAGACGGAGAAGCAUGCGUCGCAGCGGAAAUGCUUUACUCUUGCUGCGCGCUCCGAGGCGCAAAUCUCCUCGAUAUUACAACGGCAGACAUCCUCCACAUCUCCCGUAGACGGCAUCGGCGAUCUCAUCUCGAAGCUAAGCGAAGCUACCUCCAAUAUUCGAGACGACCGGUACCCUGAAGACGUGUACGUUGCAAAGACAUGCCUUGCAGAGAUAUAUCAUCUACAAAAUGACCACACGAAGGCUCUGGAGGCUGUCCCCAAGGAAAGCCGACCGACCUCCUCGGCGUCAGCACGAGCAAGUCCUUUGGGUUGGACGGAAGUCUGCGAAGUCAAGACGGAAUACAUCAAGCUUGUCGCUCUUAUCGAAAGCGGGAAGGAGCAGGAUGCCCGAACAAUGUGCUUGGAGAUCGCGACGCGGACACCGGGUUCGAGAACUCCGGAAUUGAGGAGGUGGACUGAACGCUUACUUGCGCGAGCGUGUCUGGUUACGAAGAUCUCCACAGGGGAGCCAACGGUGCAGUCACUCAGCCAGUCUCUCCGUUGUUUCUCGGCGUGGUCGGAUUUCUGGCAACGAAGCCCAGCGGCUGCUAGUGCAGCGAGAGCGACGACAUCUAAGCUGGACACACCCCGGAGAAAUGUCUGGCGGGCUCACUAUGAGCUUCUGUCGACCAUCUUACACUACGGCUUAACGUACAAUACGUCAUCCAGGUCCGCCUCAGAUCUUCUCAUCAUGCCCUCAGAAAUCCCGGCCGGCGAAGAUCGCACCGUGGCGAGAGUCCGACAACGCAUAGCAAUGCGCCGGGUGGAGUCGAAUUACGAAUCUCUGCUCCUGAAUGAAACACAGUUUCCAAAAGCGAGCCAAAUCAAUACUGAAGUGGAAGAAUGGGUACAGCGGGCCGUUGCCAAUUGGAAGAUCCUGUCUGGUCCUGCAUGGUCGGAUGCCGAGCUGGGAGAAGGCGGGAAAGAAAGCGCGGGUCGGAAUGUGCUCGACAUCUUGUACAGAGCCGCUACGAAGACCUUCCACUCUACCACCAUCCUCAGGAACCUAUUCACCGUGCACGCGGCUCUCGGCGAGUUUGACCUGGCGAUGCACGCAUUCAACAGCUUUGUCGAGAUCAUCAGCAAGGACAAGGCGCGGGCGGAGAGGAAGGAAUCGUCAGAUGUGAAGAUUCAUCCUGAUGAUACUGCCGUCUUGGUCGCUGCGGAGGCCGUGCGAAUUCUAUGCAGGUACGGGGACAGGGAUCAAGGCGUGAAAGCCGUCGAGGUCGGUCAUACGAUCAAGAAAUGGCUGGACGAAGCGAAACACCCCGCUUCCAUCAAAGACGCAGUCCAUUCAGCCGGCGGUGGGAGUACCGAUUCCCGCGCAGAAUCUGGACUCAAAUCCACCACGUUGGCAGCAGGAUAUCGGGCAAUUGGAACUGGCCAGGCUAACCGGGCUCGAAUGAUUGAAGACACGCAUGCAAGGCCCGAGCUGCAAGCCGAAGCGCUCGAGAACCUAAGGCUUGCGCACGAUUACGACAGAGAAUCUAUCGAGACUGCAUAUGCCCUGGCCCUUCUCCUAGCGGAGACAAGAGACGUCCCAGACGCAAUCCAGGUCUUGAAGCGGGCAAUCGCAUCUCCUGGACCGGUCGGUGAAGAUGACGAAGAGGACGAGACCGACGACUUCGCCCGCGAGCGAUUACUGCUUCCGGUCUGGCAUUUGCUCGCGCUCUGCUUGACGGCCAGUGAUGGAUACGAACAAGCAGCGCGCAUGUGUGAGGCGGCCUUUGAGCAGUUUGGCGAUUCCGCCACGCUCUAUGGACACUCAGAGCAGCGCAAUAGUGCUGAAUACGGGGAGAAAGGCGAUCUUCCCAACGGUCUAGUCGAUCAGAUGGAGGGCUAUGAGAAGGAGACGAUUCUUCAGAUCAAGAUGACUCAAAUCACUCUCUUCGAGCUUACGGAAGGAGCUGAAAUGGCCGUGGACGCGAGUUAUGAGCUCCUGGGCUUGUAUGCGAGGUUAUUUGGGAAUCUGAAUACUCGUCGGCCGACGACUGCACAGCCUCCUCCGACAGCAGUAUCUGCGACUCCGACGAAGCGUGGCGGGACAUUGCGAAGUCUUGCCGGUAGCAUACGCUCCAAACCCGGGAGAGCAAGCAUGGAGAGAGAUCCCAGGACUGGAUCCCGGGCUUCAAUAGUGCCGAGGAGACCAGACGCCGCAAAUGGUGCGAACGAGACUCCAAGAACCGACGACAACGUCGGCCUUCCCAUCGCCAUCACCGUCACCAAUGAAGACGGCGUUGCCACGGAAAAGUCACACCACCACAUGCACCUGCCCUUCCGGCGACGGGAUCACGGCGGCCUCAAGACCACUGGAAGCAUAAGCAGUAUGCGCAAGCCAUCCGAGAGGCUAUCGACUCUGAUGGAAAAGACUACAUCUCCCCCUUCCCCCGCCACCAAUAACGAAACUCUCGCAGAGAAGUCUGUACCCCCAGAAAAUGACUCGUCCAAGCUGGCGACCGCGCCAACGCAACCGCUCGGUGAAAUGGCGCACAAUAUUUCCAAAGACGCCCUGCCACAUCCACCCGGCCACGAGCAACAGCCACCAGAACAAGACGUCCGACUACCAGCACCUCACCCUUCCACCAACCUCGUGCCUGACGCGCGGCUCCCCACAGUUCAAGAUCGGCAGCAGAGAUUCACGCUGCUCGUCAAAAUCUGGCUUUUCACUGCUGGCUUGUAUCUUCGCGCGGAGCUGCUAGACGAUGCGAGCAGUGCCAUCGACGAAGCGCAUCAACUCGUCGGCGCCUUCGAGAUUGAAGUUGGAGCUGAGCUUUCCAGCGCUCGUCGCUUCUUCGACAAAGGCUGGGGCGGAGGGAACAGUGUCGACGCCUUGUGGGCCGAAACGUGGUCAGCCAAAGGCUACCUCGCCCUAGCACGCACGCAACCCUUCCUCGCAAUCGACAACUUCGAACAAGCCCUCGCCCACUCCCCCGACCACGCCGAAGCAAUCCUAGGCCUCUCGAACCUUCUACUAGACAUCUACGAAGAGAAGAUUCCCGCCGAAGAGCCCCGGCCAUCCCUCACUCAACGUCCCACUUCCUCAAAUCCCACGAUCAACGGCCCUAUCCCCGCCGCACCAGAUAUCCCUCCCAACCCGCCAUCAACCACCACCAACGCAGAACAAAACCCCACCCCCGCUCCCACUCAAAGCACAACUCCCAACCCCCGCCGUCGCCAAAAUAAAGACCCCACCCCCGCCGAACUCAACCGGCUCGCAUCGCGCGACAGAGCGUACAUGCUCUUGUCACACCUCACGCGCUUAGGAAGCGGCUGGGACUCCGCGGAGGCGUGGAGUUCGCUGGCGCGCGCUUACGAGCUUAGUCGGCAGGUGUCGAAGGCGAAGGAGGCGCUGUGGUGGGUUGUGGAGUUGGAGGGGGGAGCGCCUGUCAGGCAAUGGAAGGAGGUUGGCGCGGGGGGAUUUACGUUGUGAGGGGUUGUGGGAGGGGGAGUUCAUUUUGUGUGUUUCUUUGUGGCAGGUUUGGUGAGAGGAAUGGAGGAAGGGUGGAUUGUGAUGGAGGAUGCUGAGGUGCUUUGGAUUAGUCCUGACGGAGGGAAGGAC